CUAGGUCUGAUAUCUGUCGUAGCUAGCAGUAGUCGUCAGUUCAUCUCCGUCUGCCUGCCGCUGGUGCAGGUGAGGCCUAUGCGGGAAGAUGGCGACGGAAAAACCGAAACAUGAAGGCAGGGUUAAAAUUGGACACUACAUCCUCGGGGACACGCUUGGGGUGGGCACAUUUGGAAAAGUAAAAGUGGGUCAGCAUGAGCUGACCAAGCACCAAGUGGCCGUGAAGAUCCUGAACCGGCAGAAGAUUCGCAGUCUGGAUGUGGUGGGGAAGAUCCGCCGGGAGAUCCAGAACCUCAAGCUCUUCCGCCACCCUCACAUUAUUAAACUGUACCAAGUCAUUAGCACACCCACGGACAUUUUUAUGGUGAUGGAAUACGUAUCAGGAGGAGAGCUGUUUGACUACAUCUGUAAAAAUGGCAAGUUGGACGAGAAGGAGAGCAGACGGCUGUUCCAGCAGAUCAUCUCCGCCGUGGACUACUGCCACAGGCACAUGGUGGUGCACCGGGACCUCAAGCCCGAGAACGUCCUGCUGGACGCCCAUAUGAACGCCAAGAUCGCCGACUUCGGAUUAUCAAAUAUGAUGUCCGAUGGAGAGUUCUUGAGAACGAGUUGUGGGUCUCCAAACUACGCUGCUCCUGAAGUCAUAUCUGGAAGAUUGUACGCAGGGCCCGAGGUGGACAUAUGGAGCAGCGGCGUGAUCCUGUAUGCGCUGCUGUGUGGUACGUUGCCCUUCGACGACGACCACGUGCCCACGCUCUUCAAGAAGAUCUGCGACGGCAUCUUUUUCACACCGCAGUACCUCAACCCGCAGGUCAUCAGCCUGCUCAAGCACAUGCUGCAGGUGGACCCCAUGAAGAGGGCCACCAUCAAGGAGAUCCGGGAGGACGACUGGUUCAAGCAGGACCUGCCCAAGUACCUGUUCCCUGAGGACGCGUCUUAUAGCAACACCAUGAUUGACGAGGAGGCCCUCAAGGAGGUGUGUGACAAGUUUGAGUGCACGGAGGAGGAGGUGCUUACAUGUCUCUAUAGCACCCCUGUCCCUUCUGCCAGUCGGAAUCAUCAGGACCCCCUGGCAGUGGCCUACCACCUGAUCAUCGACAAUCGGCGCAUCAUGAGCGAGGCCAAGGACUUCUACCUGGCCUCCAGUCCUCCGGACUCCUUCCUGGACGACCUGCCCGCCCACCACUUCACCAAGCCACACCCCGAGCGCAUGGCCUACCUUGUGGCCGAUGCCCAGCCGGCGCGGCCCCGGCACACCCUGGACGAGCUCAACCCGCAGAAGUCCAAGCAUCUGGGCGUUCGGCGCGCCAAGUGGCACCUGGGUAUCCGCAGCCAGAGCCGGCCCAACGACAUCAUGAGCGAGGUCUGCCGGGCCAUGAAGCAGCUGGACUACGAGUGGAAGGUAGUGAAUCCGUAUUAUUUACGCGUGAGGAGGAAGAAUCCUGUUACAGGCAUGCAAACCAAGAUGAGCUUGCAGCUCUACCAAGUGGACAGCAGAACAUAUCUGCUGGACUUCAGGAGCAUAGAUGACGACGUGAUGGAGGCCAAAUCUGGGACUGCAACCCCUCACCGCUCGGGCUCUGUGGGGAACUACAGAAUGGCCCUGAAGAAUGACAAGACUGAGAAGGGCGAGGCGGUGGACGGCGAGGCCUCAGCCCCCUCCACGCCGCCGGUGGCCCAGGCCCACGGCCGCGACGGCUCGCUGGCCUCCUCGCUCACCUCCUCCGUGGACUCGACCGGAGGCGAGCCGUACCCGCGACCCGGCAGCCACACCAUCGAGUUCUUCGAGAUGUGCGCCAACCUCAUCAAGCUGCUCGCGCGAUAGCUCUCAGUGCUCACACCGCCUUCUGCUCUCUCUCGCUCUCUUUCUUUCUUUCUUUCUUUCUUUCUUUCUUUCUUUCUUUCUUUUCUCUAUACCCAUUCUCUGUCUCUUUCUUCUGUUUGUCAUGCCAUCUUUUUGGAUUGUCUCUUUUUCUCUCUCUGUUUCACUCUUUGUGUCUUUAUAGCAAUAAGCAUGUUAACAGACUCGUUGCUCUACAUCAUUCCACUUAGAUGGAUGAAUAUGAUUGGUUCAUGGAUGCACUGAGGUGGAUGUUUCAGAGCUCUGACUGGGUGACAGAAAGGGGAGGGAUUUAGUGGGGCACUGCUACAGAACACUAAUCCUCAUGUGCUUGGGUCCUGUGUGGGUUCUGUGAUGUUUGCCUGUAGCUCAGAGUCCUGAUAUGAUUAAUAAUGGUGAGCUUCAGUGAUUUAUUACACAAUAAUGAUCUAAUGUAUGAUAUUUGAACAUUUAUCAAACAAAUAGUUGGGAAUACAUUGGAGUCGAUAGUUAGUUCACCCUCUUGUUAGCCACACUGUUCACCCCUCAAUCACAGAGGAUGUAGUUUCUCAGUGUGGCCUUGAAAGAUGGAAAACUGAUGGCAUCUGGACAGUGACAUUUAAAGGUGUAUAUAGCCUUCUAUGGCAAAAAUUAUGUUUAUAAGUAUGCUUGAACCCCAUUACCUAACUCCAAAAUCCAUGGACAUCAGUGAAUUACAUGGUGCCUCAGGCAAGCAUCUCGGGACUCUCCCACAGCUAUCUCAAGGUAGCAUGACAUGGCUUCAUGUUCUGCAGAUUUCAGUGCCCCUUAAAGUGGAGUGAGAGAAAGGGAGAAGGCAGCAGAACUGAGAAAUCAUCGCUACGCCACUUUACUAUUUUUUUACACUUUUGCCCCCCC